AGGGUCUUCGGGGUGUUCGACAGUUUCACAUUUACAAACCCAACCACAGCUGCAGCUCUCGACCUGCGCUAAUCCCCCCUGGUGCUGUAGCUUUAUUCUGCUCUACUUUGUUAUUUAUUUGACUAACUAUGGUGCUGAGGACUCAAACAGGUGGAUGGUUUCUUUUCUUCUUGGCUGCUGUCAUACCAGGUGAGUGAGAUCAUAAUUAAAUCUUAUUUCACCCUCAGAAAGUGCACUCUGAACCCUGGAUUAGACUUUUUAGUGAAUUGAAAUGUUGGUUUUCAUGCUGCUGACAUGUCCUCCUUUUCAAGAGUGUUUUUGUCCUUGUACUUGUCGGCCGUGAGUGCUCUUCUAGUGUCCUUUCCCACACAUACAUGAUCAUUUAAGUGUUUUUUUUUCUCUAUCUUGGUGACUGUAACCCCUACAUCACACUCAGGCUGUGGUUGUGGUUUUGUUUUAGCUGAAAAACAGUCAAGCCACUGCUGAGAACAAACUUUUGAUCAUGUAGUAUUUCACCUGCAAAUUCAUUUUCAGAUUUUGGCCAUUGUUUUAAACAUGUUUUAUAACAUUGUUGAAGUUGUUUUGUUUGCAAAGUAGAGAAAGUUUAGAGCAAUAAGUGCUGAUUGUUAUUUUUCCAUUGGCUUUACUCAUUGCAACAUUUAUUAUUCCAGGAAUAUGUUAAGACAUUUUGACGGCAUUACAAAGCGAGGCUCUACAGUGCAUGGCCUCAAUUUCAGCACGUCAUUUGACUAUUUACGGUGAAAAGGACUUGCAACACUGAGUGAAAAUAAAAAGCAAAAGCUGAUGCUUCAUCAUCUUAAAUUUUGCAUGCACUCUCUUUUCCUAAAGCUCUUUCUCCUGGCAUGCAGUAUCAGCUGAUUACCAAGCUGCAUGUGCAGUACAGUGCAGAGCACACUCUAAUAGUUGGGAAAUAAUAGCAGUAUUACAUGCCAAAAAUACAGAUUUGCACAAAAAAAUGCAAAUCCACACUUUCCUGGAUUGAUUCCCCAGGAUCAAUCAGAUCAGAAAUGCUACCUUUGUGAGAAUAUAGGACAGACCCAUGUGAGAAUCAACUUUACACCAACACUGAAUAUUCAGACAACACUGUAGCUGCUGACCUUAUCGUGUCCGUCAUCUCAUUAUAUUGUAUCUAACUGUACUGCAUCAUAUCGUGUCAUAUCAUGUUGUGUCUUGUCGUAUUGUCAUGUUGUAUCGUAUUGUACAGUAUAUACAGGUCUGCAGCUUUCCCUCUAAAUCCACCGUGAACAAAAAUCAACCUUCUCUCAGUAAAAAACCGUCAAGUAUUUUUUCGCACUCACAGCUGUCUAAUUUAUCACAAUUGUCUUGUUUCUUUCUUCCAGGUGUCCACCUUAAUUACAGCACCUCCAUCCAGCCGACCAUCAACAGCUCUGUGGAGCUGACCAUCAACAGCUCUGUGGGGCCUACCAUCAACAGCUCUGUGGAGCCUACCAUCAACAGCUCUGUGGAGCCCAUCAACAGCAGCUCUGUGCAGCCCACCGAGGCUGUGACUCUCCUGCCAUCUGAGGCCAUGCCUCCAAUAGGUACACACCUAUAAAAUACAGGAAAGAUCAUUUUUGUACAACAAAACAUGAAACCAGAAGUUUCUGUUGCCCAUUUAUUGUAAAAAGAGUCUCAAGAGUUCAUGAGAAGUGACGUGUCAAGGCCAAGGCGAGUACAUAUGUCCAGUUUGAUGCCUCAUUCAGGCAAGUAGACAGACCGUUCCUUGAUUAGGGCCCAUUUGAGUGAAAUUACCCUUUACUUUAAGUCUAAUACCCACUCUACAGACCCUUUUUAUCCUGCUCUGGGUUUGAACUGCUGGAGUACUGAGAAAACCAAACUCCUGUCUCAUCUCCUCAGUCUGUAGGCAAGUCUGAUGUUACUCACCCACAAUGUGGAUUCAAAAACCCAGAGAAGGACUGUUUGAUAUAGUUACUCAACAAUUAUGUAAAAAUAUCACCAACACUGGAUCAGAAAACUUUGCCCAGCUGUGCUGGUGGUGUCUCAGCCCCCUUGAACCAAGUUUUAAUGUGUGUGUUUGAUGCAUAAGUUCUCCCUCCAAAUCUAUCCUGCUAUUAUACAAGAACGCCAAACCCGAUAAAAUACUGCCUGAGGAAAUGUUUCAUCAUCUGUUGACACGUAUUUUCUCCACCAGUUGUUCAGGAGAACAGCAGCUCCAUCCAGCAGAUCUCCAGCUCUGUGCUGCCUAUUGAGGCUUACAUCUACCAUCCGGUCCUUCAGCCCUCUGAGUCCAUACCUCCAAUAGGUACAAACUUACACUGACAAAACACCAGAAAAACCUUAAAACAUGAUCAAAACCACCAGACUGAGAUCCAAAGAGGGCAAAUGAGGCUGUAUUGCAGUAACAUGAAGUGAUAACAUGCAAAAUUAUGUUAUCUUUGGCUUGCAAGUCUGUAGUUGUAUGCAGGGUUGUAACACUUAAUAACUUAAAGGUCCAAUGAGGAAUUUUACAUUCAGUGUCACUUUUGGCGCCCCCUGUGGAUAAAGCAUUAGUGUCUAAAUGCUUCAGUCAUUUCUUUUAACAUAAUAAUCUCAUCCUGCUGACCUUUGACAGUCAAAUGCUUCAUUUAUUGUGACUGUUUGAUGUAGAAGUUGUGAUCAGGGCUGCUUGGAUUACACCUACCCCCCUGCACGAGUUUCAGGCGUUGAAUAAAACGUUGUAUACAGAUCAUCAGUUUUGUCCCUGACAGUCUUGUUUUCUUUUGGAUAGCAUGAAAAUGCAUCAAUAUGAAUUAUAGUCUAUCUUAUAAAUGUAAAAAAAAAUACUAAGAACCAUGAAUUUCUCCGCAACGACUCAUGCAUUUUUUACAGUUUUACAUAUUUAACAUCCACUUGCACACCAGUAUCAGACAUAUCUGGCUUUUCUAAGAUUUUACUUGCAUAUAGUCCAAGUUUUCAGUCAUGACCAUACCACAGUUAACAGUAAUCAUAAUGUUGACUUUACUGGGAUUAACUUGCAGUUUACCUGUAAAAUUAAAAGUUGAACUUGUUGUGUGCAGGAACUUAAUAAUCAUUGUGUACUCCUUCUCUUAACUUUAAAUAACUUCAUGUGUGUCCACUUUAAACAAACACAAACAACUGGUAAUGUUAUGUCAUUGAGUGAAAUGUUAAACUUACAGUGUGCUUAGUUUUUCUGACGUGUCUGCUUUUGUGUAAUUGUAUAUAUUUCUGCGUAUUUUUGUGCACAGCGACCUACACACUGAGGGACCGUGCUGGGAUACCGUGCAUCAGAGCCAAGAUGGGCGUGGAGUUCAUAAUCACUGAAAAGAAGGUUAGAGGCUGAGACUGAGUCAGCACUCUAUGAGUGUGUGUGCGUGUGUGUGUGUUUUAUAUUGUUGAGUCUUUUAGCACAUUUUGUUGAAAGUGUGUGUGUAUGUCAGCAUUUGUUUGUGAAGUGUUAUUAGUUGGUUUAACUGUCAAACUGUAAAAAUGUUUUUGUACUUUGUCUGCUAUUUUUAACAUGUGCUUAGUCUCACUUACCUCCAUAAAAUAUAAGAGUGAAGAUACAGUCAGCUGUGGGUACAAAAAAAGAACAGAAGAAUCAAAUGUGUUUCUCUUGUUUUAUGCUUUCUGUAGACCUGGUACUUGAGUUUGGACCCGACCAGAGUCAAGGUCACCGGUUACUGUGGUGAUUACUCUGCUGCUCUCUGCCUCACGCUCCCGGACGACAGUGCCAGUCUACUGUUCAAAUUUUGCAAGGUACAAACAAAACAUUCAUUAAAAACGAACAAAACCUGCUAUCGCUUGGUGUUGGAGGAGUCUGAAUGUUCUCAAGUAUUGUAGGCAUGGAUUUUUGAACUUAACCUGAGUGUGUCCUUUUUUAUGCAGCUUGUUAUUUCUCCUACUUGUGCAGAUUGAGGUUGCUACUCUGACAGCUUUAGUUUUAUUUUUGAAGGCCAGAAUGUGAGAUAAGUAAUCCUUUAUGGUAAAAAAAGAAAAUCCGCAGGAGAGCCCUGCCAAGAUAGCAGCAUAAAAAGUGCAAAUAAAAGAACAAACAACAGACCACAGUAAACACAAAUUAGACUAAACAGCUUAAAGUAUUUCUGGUUCUGAUUAACAACGUUUACAGGUUAAAUAUUCAUCAAUCCUGCUUUUUUUUAAUUGGUGUCAUGCUCGGUGAAGGUUUUUUGUUCAUUUAGAGUAACAUAAUGUUGGGUCAGGUACGGAGACAAGAAGACGAUUGUUGGUUGUAAAUAUUACAAAAGAAAUAUUAAAAAAUAUUACAAAAUAAAUAUAUGAAAUUCAUAGUAUGUUUGUUAUGAGCAAAUGAUUAGGCAAAUAGGCUUCUAUACUGACAAAUAUCUGCUCAUACAUGCACAUUGUCAUGUAUAAUAAUAAAGAGUUAAAACAUUUCUUCAUAUUGGCAAGGAAAGCUAGUAGGACUGAGUGAUGUUUCAAAAGUUUUCGACCAAGUUUUCUCAUUCGUGAUCUUGAGUUUUGUGGUAAAAACUCUUUUUGCACUCAUCAAACUCAAUCUUUUUGUUGAUACUUGGUCAUUUUUUAUUAUUUGCACCAUCCAGAAUACAUAACCUGGGGUCCAAAGGGAUGUUCUCUUGAAUUAUUGUGGCUGAAGUUCAUGUAAUUCACUUCCAGAGUAUUUGUAAUUUCCUGCAUUUCCAUAACAUUUGGUAAAAUAGGCCUUUCUCCACAGUGCUGAUAUGUAUUUUUAUUAUUAUUUAAGGCAUAACUUGAAACUUUCAAAAGGCAUUAGCUAAAAUGUUUUUUUUUUUGUAGAAUUUUUUAUCUGCAGAAUGAGAAAUUCUAAGUAAUUUUUGCCAAAUAUUGGGAUUUGUGGGUGUUCCUCUUGGAUCUCCUUCGAGCACCUUUACUUUUGAUAAUUUUAUACAUAGUGGUGACGGUGUGAAACAUGUUCUUGUGGUGUGAAUGAACUAAUACUUAAAAUUUCUCUUUUCAGCUUAAACUACCCUCUGUUUUUGUCACCUACUUUAAAUUCAAGGGCAGGUAAACAGGAAAAUAUGGUAGCUACAGACACAAGUGGGCCAAGGUAGAGUGUUUCAAAAUAUGAGCGUCUCAGCUAAUUCCCAGAUUAAACUGGCAGGUUGAAGUGCAGGUUGAAAAAAUAGCUGGAACAAAAGAAAAGGUUUGGAUUUGCAUUAGGAGAACAGCGAGAAUGGUGCAAAUGUUGAGUUUGGUGUUUGAGAAAUGUUCAGAAAAGCAUGAAAACAGAGGAAACAGAGGUUUGUAGGAACGUGUUAAAAGAAGGCAUGAAUGAUUUUAGAUGAUCCAUCAUUUCGAAUUAUGGAUCCAGAUUAAAGACAGCGAGUCCUGAAUGGAUUUUUUUACUUUGAAGACGUGUGUGUAAAAACUAGAGCUUUAAAAAAUCAACAUCAGCCUUUUUCAUCCUGUUUUCCUCUUCAGGGAAAGAAUACCUUCUGGGUCAAGGAGCUGACGGCUCACGUGACUCCUCUUCCGGUCUGCCCCAAUUGUGCCAGUAAGACCGCAGAGAGACACAACACAUACAUCUGUUAAAAAACACACAAACACUAAUAACAAACCUUUGCCUGUUUCUCUUUCCUCUCUUCCCCCCUCAGAUAAGAGUUAUGUGGGCCUAGUGGCCGAUGACAAGCUGUUCUGUACGGCUACAGGACGGAGCUACAUGUGUAAGUCUGAGAACGUGCUGAAGAUGUCCUCAGAGCUGAAGGUGAAGCUGGUUCCUCUGCAGCUGCAGGCUUUUGGUCUUCCCAAAGGAGAGUUUGGAAAAGGUGAAUGAACUGAUAGUUUGUAUCUGAAGAUGAAAAAAAUACAGCGUGUUUCUCAGAACUUGGAACAAUAAUCAUAAUAUUAUAGCUGCUGAAACUCUUACACACUGAAGGUGAAUGUUGGUCAAUGCUUGCACAGGUCAGAUAAGUCCGUCCAAGUUUACUGGGUAAAACUAGGGUAUUAUUAUUACUCAGACUGUGUUGUGAAAAUGAAGUGCAACCUUAUGAAAAAUAAAUACAUCCACUUUCAGGAAGUGUUUUCUGUAUUAAAAAUGUUUUGUUUUCCAGGAGUCUUUGAUGCUUUAAAAACGCAUUUCUAAAUCUACCUAAAACAAUUUAAAGCUGUACCUUAACUCUGUGUUGCUUCUACGUAAAUGUCAAUGAAAAGUGAUAAAUCUCAGGGUUUGAUUCACAGAAAGAUUGUUCGGUUUUGUGCCAGCAAAUGAGUCAAAAAGACCAUCCAAUUCAUGAAACAAGUGCAAGAGCUUAGACAUACGUCAAACUGUGCUGCAGGGUAAAUAGCACCACUGUGCAGAGUUAAUGUGAAUUGAUUUGGGGUAAAACAGACUGAUAACAAUACUGCUGUUACAUAAACAGCAACAAAUGUAGGCAUUAAAUCUUAAUAUCAACUAUAACUGGCAUGACACAGACAUCUGUAAAAUCACUGCUUUUAUUUUACAUCUAUGUGUUUCCUGUUUUUUAUUCCCCUCUUUUCUUCACUUUCAGGUGUGGAGUGUUGGGCCGACUUUUAUAAGCGAGUCGUACCCAUCAUCAUUGGAGCUGUGGUGGUGUGUAUUCUUCUGAUAGGUGUGAUAACCUUUCUGGUCAUCAGAGACCGUCGGACAGAAGGUUAUGACCGUCUCUGAGCUCCUGAGAAACUUGAUAGAAAAACAAUCCAGCUUGAAGGAUUUUGCUUUUUUUUAAUUAUUAUUUUUAUUUGUUGUUAAAGCUUUGUCAAAACUUCUCAACUCGACUUGAAUGUGACAUUUUGCAUCUGGGACUCAAAAAUAAAAAAGGUCUAAAGGUGCUAAUUAUAAAUGCAAACGAUGUUGUUGUUUUAAAUACUAUUUCUUUUUUUUUUUUUUUUUAACUUUUAUUCUUAUUGUGUAUCUUCCACUCUUUUUUGGUUUUAUUGGUAACUGUGUGUCUGCGUGUGUUGUGUUUCACUUUUUUGUAGUUUCCCAGAUAACUGUUUUAUCUGGGGGUUUUUUGUUGUUGGUUUUUGUUUGUUUGUAAUAAUCUGAUAUUUUGCAUUUUAAACAAUUGUUUAAUGAAAGGGAAAUGUGCUUAAAAUUACCCACAGAGCUCUUAAUUGUUAUGUAAAUAACUGAACCAGACUGUUACUUGAUUAUUUAUGGUGAAAGUCGUGACAUUAGAAAGUCGUGAGACUGAAGAAUGAAUUUAUUCAAUAAAUUAUAUUCAAGUUUUUUCUUUUUGUAAAUUAGUUACUGCCUUAUCAAUCAGUUUUGGUAAUUGAAGGUUUUUUUCAGAGCAUUGGGAUGCGUUUGUUCAAAAUAGUGGUUUAAAAUAUAUUUGCGCUGUAGACAUUUCAAGCUGAAGUGUUGAAGUUGAUGUCUGUGAGGUUUCUGCUUUGCGAUUAAUGUUUCUUUUUUUAUUAAAUAAAAGAAAUUGUCUCAAUUA